AUGGACUUCGACCACACGACCAUCUCCGAAGCAGAACUCACUCGUCUACUGCCUACUUGUCAACGAUGUCGUCGCUUGCGGCGCAAGUGUGACACAAACCUUCCAGCCUGUCGUCUAUGCCAGAAGGGCAAAGCUGAAUGUACCUUCUUCGACCAUGCCUUGCAACAGACUCUGCCGCGAAGUUAUGUCCAUUCGCUGUUGACCCGUCUGAGUCGGCUACGUUCCGUUCAGGCCGCGGUCGAUGGCUCCAGCGAGCCCUUGACGUCCCUACCGGUUGUUCACCAUGAACGAAACGCGUCCCUAACGUCCUCCCAUGUCGAGCCGGCUCACAAUGAAUGGGGCACUUAUACUAGCGAGCUGUCUUUCGACAAACACUUCAUAAUUGAGCAUGCCAAUCCCACGUGUUGGCAGUUCUUGGGUAGUAGCUCACCCUAUGCUCUUGUUGUCGAGGUCCUGGUCCAUGCUCAAGCGAAACUCGGCUCCAUGGUUCAUCAUCCAGAUUAUGCUGGGCCGGAAUUCUGGUUGAAUGCUCAAAGCACCGAGGUCGCGGAACCGCUGCAGCCCAGGCCCACUCCGUCUCGCGCCGAGGUCGAGAUGCUGGUCAACCUGUACAUGUCUACCACGAAUCGUCUAAUGGUAUUCUUCGAUCCUGAUGACAUCGCUCCUGAGAUUGACACAUUUCUACGCCACCAUGGGACGAAUGCCAAGUACCUGUCUGGAAAGGAGGCUCAUGAGUUCUUCCGAGUCGCGAUGAUCUGUGCGGUCGCCUCCGCCAACAAGGCCAGACACCAUUCGGUCUAUGACACGGAGUCCAUGGCGUACUAUGCCGAAGGCGUGCAAUGUGUCGAGGAAGUUACAUCGGACGUAUCUGCCGACGCGCUCCAAGCUCUUUUACUCCUGAUCGCGUUCACCCUUUUCCAUCCCCGAAAAGCCGAUCUAUGGAAGUUACUGGACUUCGCGUGCCGUCUAAGUGUCGAGCUGAAUUACCACAGUGAAACCAACGACGAGUACGAAGACGAGAAGAGUAGGAGAAAGCGCAGGUCUAUUUUCUGGGGGCUCUACUGUGUCGAACGCACCAUGGGCCAGCACUUUGGUCGUCCCUCUGAUCUGGCGGAAGAAAUCAUUACCACUGAAUAUCCUGCCACUUUGAAUGCAGCCACUCUGGCCGAUCCCGAAUCCCUACAGCUUGUUCUGAUCUCUCACUACUACCGUUUGACAUACCUACGAUCGGAGAUCUUUCGUGAACUAUACCUUCCAGCUGUGGCGCCUAAUUUACCACGCAUGUGGUACGAGCAAAGUCUUGACCACAUCUUGUCAUGGAGGAGGGAACUCGAGUUUGUUGAAACAAGCCUGGGCAUGGGUAGCAUGACGUGUGAUAUGGGCUUCCACACAUCCAUAUGCUUCCUGUUCCAGCCACUACUGCUGCGUGCGCUGGCCGCGGCCAAGGGACCUAUGCUCGGUCCGGAGAUAACGGAGGGCAUCCCGCGGGAAAGCUAUCAUUCCGCUGUCAAAUUGAUAGAGUCUUACGAUAAGAUAUUCCGUGGGGCCGAAGGAACUCCUUUGGGAAUGUAUCCCAUCACAGUCAAUUCUGCACACUACAUACAGCAAGCUGCCAUUACAAUCAUGGCUCAUUGCCUGCUAGCGAUCGAUGGCCGACUCCCGGUUGUGACAUUCUCACGUGAAAUCAGUGGUGACACAGAAGGGCCUGUGGAUUUCAAUGGCAUUCAUGAAAUCUCGGGAACAUGUCUGAUCUUACUGAACACCCUGUCUAAGAAAUGGCCGGGCAUGGUGGGCGUAUUGGAUAUCUACAAGACUCUUCAGUCGCAGGUACUGCCCAUCAUGAUGCGCAGUGGUUUAGGCUGA